UUCCUUGUCUGUGGUUCCAUUCCAAAUUGAUCACAAAAUGCACAAUAAAAAACCUAUACAAUUUCAGGACAUUAUUUAGUUCAGAGAAGCUCUCCUUUUAAUAAUUUUGAAUAAUAUAUAGACAAAAUUUAUUUACAUAUUAAAUAAUAUUAAGUGGAUGACAAAUGACAAUAAAAUACUAAUAUAAUUUGCUUAAAAGUUGUGUCUUAUUAUAUAAGCGUUACCAAUAAUCCAAUGCAACACAUUAGUCCGUAAUAGUUUAACAUUCGUGAUAAUAAUGCUUUUCAUUUUUAAAUAGAAGUUUUAGAAUUUUGCCUUACGUUUUACCGAGUGUUAUUUAUUAAGUGAUUAUGGAGAAUGCCACAGAGAAUUGGGAUCCUUCUUUAACGCGGUUGUUAUCUUCGCUGAAGGAUGUGCAGUCGGAUGGAGAAGAUGUCGCAUUCCUAAGUGAGUUGCUCCAGUCUAGACAACUACAUGCCCUUGUUCAGGUGCAUAAUAAAAUAGUUGCAGCACAAUGUAAAGAUGACAAAUUCUUCCCUCUACUGUCAAAUGCCAUGCAGGUUACUCUGGAAGUUUUGGAAAUGUUCGGAAAUGUAAUUACUAUUUCCAAAGAAUUUGAAGAACUGUUAAUUUUGCUGCAGAAGCCUCAUUUACAGGCAAUUCUCUGUACUCAUGAUGCUGUGGCACAAAAAGACUUUUAUCCACAUUUACCUGAUGUCCCUCAAGAUUUGGACGAUGAAGAGGAAACUGUGAAGAUUGUUCAACUUGUCAAAAGUGAUGAACCAUUGGGUGGAGCUCAGAGUGCCGAGCCAAUAGUGGGUGCUACAAUAAAGACAGAUGAAGAGACUGGGAAGAUUGUUAUAGCUAGAGUGAUGCACGGCGGCGCUGCCGACCGAUCAGGCCUCAUACACGCCGGGGACGAAGUCAUUGAAGUAAAUGGAAUAAGUGUGGAAAAUAAAACACCUGCCGAUGUGCUUUCUAUUUUACAAAAUUCAGAAGGGACCAUUACAUUUAAAUUAGUGCCAUCUUUCGGAAAAGGUGGUUCAAGGGAGAGCAAAGUGAGAGUUCGUGCCCUAUUUAAUUACAACUCUUCUGAAGAUCCGUAUAUACCAUGUAAAGAAGCCGGGCUUAAUUUCAAGAAGGGUGACAUUCUGCAUAUAGUUUCCCAAGAUGACGCAUAUUGGUGGCAAGCACGUCGUGAAGGCGAUCGUGUUAUGCGAGCGGGGCUCAUACCGUCCAGAGCUUUACAAGAGGGUCGUAUUAUACAUGAGCGGCAAGCUGAUCCGCAAACUAUGGAUGGUAAACCUGCACUUUGCAGUCCUUCGCAGGCAAAUUCGGAGUGCGGGCCAAAAACACCUUGUUCGCCAACGCCAAAUGCCACCGCCCUGUUGCCAUGCAAAUCGUUACCCAAAGUUAAAAAGAUCAUAUACGACAUUAAAGAGAAUGAUGAUUUUGAUAGAGAAAUUAUACCUACAUAUGAAGAGGUGGCCAGAUUGUACCCACGACCCGGACUCGUGAGACCCAUAGUACUAGUAGGCGCGCCCGGCGUUGGUCGCAAUGAACUACGGCGCAGGCUCAUUGCGACUGAUCCAGAGAAAUAUGUUACACCGGUACCUUAUACGUCUCGCCCUCAAAAGCCUAGUGAGCAAAAUGGAAAGGAGUAUGUGUUUGUUACGCGUGAGAAAAUGGAGCAGGACAUAUCUGACGGAAAAUUUAUUGAGCACGGAGAGUAUAAAGGAAAUCUAUAUGGAACGUCUGCGGAGAGCGUGGAGACGAUAGUGAAUUCAGGACGUGUUUGUAUACUGAGCCCGCACUGGCAGGCACUCAAAAUGCUGCGCACUCCACGACUAAGACCAUACAUCAUUUUUAUAAAACCGCCAGUAUUAGAAAAGCUCAUCAAGACGCGGACAACAGCUAACGCGCGCUCUACGUUUGAUAAGGAUAGCUCCAGAGCGUUUACGGAGGAGGAGUUUGCGGAUAUAGUGAGAUCUUCUAAUCGCAUAAACUUUUUGUAUGGCUACAUGUUCGACGAGGAGAUAGUGAAUGAGGAUUUGGCGUCGGCCCUCACUCAGCUCCUCAAGAUGGCGUGGAGAGUGCAGUCCGAACCACUGUGGGUGCCUGCUGCGUGGGUCCAGUGAGUCGUAUCUGAUUAGUUCAAAUUUAUAACUCGUUAAAUUCUUUAGGAUAAAGUUAAUUUAUUUUUUACACCUGUUUCUGUUAUUCAUUUACGUUGUAUUAGAUUUGUAGUGUUACGUUAUGAUUUGUAUAUUAUCUCAUAUCGCUGGCGGCGUGAGAUAAGUUUUGUGUGUAUUAUGUUAAUAUAAGUUUGUUUUGAUGUUGUAGAUAUGUAUAAAGUCGCCGUUAUGCCUUUGUAUAUAUACAAGAAAGUAUGCUCUCCCUGAUAGGUAUAGACAUUUUGAUUUUUUUUGAACUUAAAUCGACAUGCCAUAUUAUUUAGCUAAUAACCUUAACCUUUAAGUAUUAUAUUAAAGCAAAUUAAAGUACUAUUGUUAUCCUAUAAUUUUAAAGAAUCAAAUAUCAAGAGCCUUUUGAAUACUAUCUAUAAUUAUAAUACCCUUUUUCAUAACCUUAGUUAUGCAACUAGAACCUGCCAUAUUAUAUCUAAUGUAUUUUUGAGCUCAAUAUUAUGUAUGCCAUGUAAUUUAUUAAUUUAAAAUUGUUAGAAGGAAAGCUAAACACCAUAGCCUACAUCGUUGAAUCGGCGUCUUCCCUUUGUACAUAAUCAGGGUGAGUUUCCAAGGAUAUCGUAUGUCAGUUAAUAAAUAAAAUGAUUUAGUUAUUAGUCAUCCAACGGGCCUUACAUUGCAAUAAUGAAACAUACCAUUGCUACAUGAGACUUAAUAUUAGAUGAAAUGUUAAAAGAUAAAUUAUUCUGGAAUUUUGCUACAUAGUAUUAUAACGAGUUAAUAUCGUAAUGAAAGAAUAUAUUCUAAAUUCGCUAUGAAUAAAUGAAAAUUUUUACUUUGAUAAAUUUAACACCCUUUAAAAUUGAUAGUAAUCUUCUUUUAUAGUGCUUAAUAUCAAUAAAUUUUAACGUUUUUAUAGUAUAUUUACUACAUAAUCUGCGUGUUAUUUACUCAUACAAUGUACCUAGCUACUAAGUAAAGAUCAGCCAUAAUAUGCCCGUGAAUGUAAUGAAAUAAUAAUAAUUGGCUAAAGUAACGGCCGGCUUCAAUUAUUUAUUUAUAUAUUUGUGAUCUGACUUAAAGUUUUGGGAUUUAAACUAUCGUGAGUGUUAUUCAUGUUAAUUUAUUAUGAAGCACGACUAAAACCACGCGAUACAACGUCGGAGUAUGCCCUUGCUAUGAGCUAGUCCUUGCGACGCGGCGAGGAAUGCUGCCGCUUGUUGCUGCUUGUUUUAUAAUAAAUUAAUAUGUCGUAAAGUUGGUUGACAUGUUGCGGUUUGAUAUUAAAAGGUUCAUUCACAAUGGCGUAAAGAAGCAUCGCGUCUUGCUUUUACACUUUAGUUACUAUAAACGAGUGGGUCUGAUACAUGGGCGUAGCCAGGAUUCUGUCUAGGGGGAGGCAGUUAUACUUAAAUUGAGUAUUUCACAUUACAAAUUGAUACUUUCCGACCGAAACUAGUUUUACGGCCGAAACCGAAACAUUCACAUAUGAUAGCUUGGUUUGAACCUAUAAUACUGCUGUCAAUGGGUUAUCGCCUACCUUUCAAGUUUUGUAGACAAAAUCACAGAAAACACAUGUACAAGUUAGUUAAAUCUUUGAAUAUCUUAAAAUUUGGUAUGAAGCCCCAAAGACCGACCGCUCAGGUAGGGGGGCUGCUGCCCGAAACCUUAAUCAGCUGCCCUCCCUGCCCGUACCUCGCUACGCCUAUGGUCUGAUAGCAAUUGAGUCGAGCGAAUAGGUAACUCACGAAGCCAUAAUAAAGUAGUAAAUGAAGACGGAGUUCAAUAUGCUAUAUCGUGUGAAAAAUGUGGCGACGCUUCGCUUUUUUGUGAAAUGGAGGAGAUGGACGAGACGCCGAUGGGAAUGGAGCCUUAUGUUUCUUCUUUUUAUUAAUAAUUUAUAUAACAGAUAGAUAGUUUGUAGAAACCGGCCGUUUAUGUUUAUUAUAAGUGUCAUUUAUGAGUGCUAAAUAAACCUUAUAUUAUUACCUACCAGUAUAGUAUAGAAUAGUAAUUUUAAAUUCUAAAAGUUGUGAUAUAUGAUGGAGCUUACUGCAUACUUUCAAUGCAAUCUGUUUGAGAUUGUAGUGUACGUAGACGGAGGAAGAAAUAGACUACUGAUUGACGUUCAGUUGUUAGUCAAACUAUUCAAAUAAAUAUUCCAUAUUGACGUGAUUUUAACAUCACAACAUACUACAUAAAUCUAUAUUUUACCACUAUAUUUAAAGUUACUCAUAAUUUGCAGCAAACUGUAGUUUUCCGCUCUUACAUACAUAACAUAGUGUAUGUUCGUUUUAUAUUUAUUCAAUAAAUGACAAUUUUCAACAUAGUAGUUUUCAACAAGAUGUAUUCUUAGGUAUUAAAAAACUGCACGUGUCAUCCAUUGUAUAUCGCAUUGCAUUGUCUCGUUUCUUUAGAGAGUCCACACGUAAGCUGUUCUCUUUAUUUGAGAGAAUGUGACGGAUGUUAUCUAUUACUUUCUUUGUCUACGGUAAUUUACGGUUAGACAAAAGUCAAUCGAAUAUAAUUUAUUAAAAUUCAAUUAUUAAAUAAUAACGUUAGGAAGGAAUCGCAAGCAACUGUUUACAGGCGUGUUGCAAUUGCGGUAUUGUUUUAUUUACUAUUUUUAAAUUCACAGGAUUCCUUUCGAGGCUCUGUGUUUAAAUAUCAUCGUAUAUUAUUUAUAUUAAAUAUUGAACGCUCUUCUGUAUGUUUUUUCUUAUGAGACUAAGUAUACUUUAUUUUAUCUUAAUAAGCAUUGUAUUAUUUCUACUGUUUCUAUCUUUUUUUUUUUACUUUAUUUUAUAGCAAACCUAGCUAAAAAAAAUACUAGCAUUUUUCAAUAAACUGGCGUAUUUGAAGACUCAGUAAGAACCAAGAAGGUAAGUAAUAACGACAGACAACGCAUACGUUAUACUUAUAGAGGUCGCCGAUUUUCAACGCCCCUUACCACCCGUUGCUUGGGCACUCUAAUGUCCCGCAGCGGGAGUUUUGAUUAUUUUUAAUAGUGUUUUGUAUUUUAUUAACAUUGCUAAAAAUAAAAAAAAGUACAAAUAAUAAAUGAUUAAAACUUCUCAUGUGGCACAGUGAUAGUUAUAUUACUGAUCAACAUCAUCAUCAUCAUAUCAGCCGGUGGACGUCCACUGCAGGUCAUAAGCCUUUUGUAGGGACUUAAAAACAUCACGGUACUGACCCAUUGCAUCCAGCGAAUCCCUGUGACUCGCUUGAUGUCGUCAGUCCACCUGGUGGGGGUCGACCAACAGUGCGCUUACUAGUGCGGGGUCGCCAUUCCAGCACUUUGGGACCCCAAUGUCUAUCGGCUCUAAGAACUAUGUACCCUGCCCAAUGCCACUUCAGCUUUGCAACUCGUUGAGCUAUGUCGGUGACUUUGGUUCUUCUGCGGAUCUCCUCAUUUCUGAUUCGAUCACGCAGAGAAACUCCUAACAUAGCUCGGUAUUACUGAUGGCAAUUAAAAAAUAAACAAAAUACUGGAUGUUAUCACAAAAAACUCAUGAUGCCCUAUAAACAGUCAUUGAAUUUACUUUUAUUUAAAAAUAAAAGUAAAUUCAAUGACUGUUUAUAGGACAUCAUGAGUUUUUUGUGAUAAUAUCCAGUAUUUUGUUUAUUUUUUAGUCAUUGAAUUUACUUUUAUUUUUAAAUAAAAGUAAAUUCAAUGACCGGUGGUAGAAUCUUUACAAAUAGUCAACUGACGUGUCAAAAGUGCUUGUAAACUGAGCCUACUUAAAAUAAAUGAAUUUUGAAUUUUUGAAAAAUAAUUCCGGAAUAAAAUAAUACUCAAUUAAUUAACUAACUUCCGCGGAAAAAGUCGGUGCGUUGCCUAGACUAGUAGUCUGAUUUAUUCAUUAAAGUCACUAAAAAUCUUGUGUUUGUGUCAGUUAUUAGUCAAAUUAAAGAAGACAAUAUUAGCUAAUAAUAGAAUAAUUUUACUGUCAUCACUGUUUGACUCGAAAUAAUUUAUUACAGCCACCUACAUAGUAAUUAGGUUCAGAACAUAAUGAUUGACUGAUGUUCCUUCACUUUGUCACAACGCUAUCUAUGGUUCAAUAAAAUCUGGUAUCACAGGAAAUGUCAGUGGAGGUCGCAGGACUCUACAUUCGACUAUAGGAGAAAUGCUAAACAUAAGCCAAAUCGCAGGAUCCUUCUAUAAACCGUAAUAAUAAUUUAAUGUUAAUAAGAAACUAAGAUGCAAGUACAAAUCCGUUAUUUGUAGGUGGUAAAUAAACUAAUACAAAUUUCAUUUUAUACACUUUUCUAAUUUCUUUAAUAUGGAUAACUCUUUGACUAUUUUACAAAUAUUUUGGUUUUAGUUUUGAUUUAAAAAAAUACUUAGUCAUACAGACACUAGGUUAGAAUUUUAGUUGUCUACAUAAGUAAAUAAAAUUUAUAAAUAAAAGAAGCGGAUUAUACUAGCCUUUUACUAAUUUAAGCCGCCACAUUAUAAAUAUAGCGUGAGCGAUGCUAACAUGCAGCGAAAGUUGCAAUAGGUUAAUAAUAAUUAGUUGUAAUUUAUAUUGAGCGUAUAGUAAGUGAAAUAGUUCCACAUUUGAGGUCCCAACCUCAGCUCCGAAAGGUGUAGGGUUUGUCCUCGCUGGUUGGACUAUUGUACCCACAAGUACAAGAUACCCGCUUACUUGAAAGGGAAUAUUAGUCUUGUUUAAAAUAUAUGGCUAAUAUUCUUUAAAAAAAAAGAAAAAAAACCCAAAAAAAUAUAUAAAUUAAUUUUCCUUUAAAUUUUAAGUUGACUUUUAGAAAUAAGAAUUAAAUAAUGAAUAAAUAAAAAUAAUAAAUUGUGUAAUCGAUACGCAAAAAUAAUUAAAGUAAAAUUAAGCUUAACACCAAAAGCCUUAUGUACAUUUCAAAUGUAAAGAGAGUUCUACAUAGUUACAUAUUAAUACUUUAUUUAUACGGGUACGGAUUUUUAAUUCAUUAAUAUUUAAUAAGUUUAUGAACAACAGCGGACCCAUUAAUUUUGGUUAACAUUAUUUUUUUGUAUUGGCUGUUUGGAUAUUUGGAAAUCUCUUUUUUUUUGUUUAAUACCUUAUUUAUUAAAGAAAACAAAAAAAAAAACAUAUUCAAAUCGGUUAAGUGAAAAAAUGGUUUAUUAAUUUUAGUGAGACUGCAAUCCAUUUUACAUAUAAAAUGAAUUGCAGUCUCAUGUAUGAAAAAAGUUUAGAUUUUAAUAUUUGCGAUGAUUUAGUAUAUAACUAUAGGUAAUUCUUUAAAUUAGGACAUUUAGUAAGUAGUAAUAGUACAAUGACACUUUUGAAAAAUGCCUUUAACUCCAAUAUGUGAAGUCAAGUAACUGACAUUGCGGAGUCCAGUAGCUGUAAAUAUUGUUGUUGUGUUUUUAAUAAUAUAAUCCGUGCUUUCUUCAAUUGUAAAAUAAAAUAUUCUUGAUUUUCUAAUAACUAAUAAAUAUAUAACUAAAAUAUUUUUUCCAUGUAAUAAUCACUUCAAAUAUGUUAUUUACAUACUAUUUUAAUAAAAUUUCAAAUUAUUAGUUUAAUCUAAAAUCUGUGUUGUAAUUGCAAAUUUCUAAUUUAAUACAUUAUAGAAUUCCUCAACCUGGAUGUAGAUCGCAAAUAAAUAUGGUAUCUUUAGUCUAGUGUAUCAAUUUUGGAAUUUUAAUAAAAUAUAAAGAUCAUUCUUGGAAUUAAAUAAUGGACUAUACUCAGCAAUAUCUCGCUGCAAGCAGUUUUUAAUCAAAUAAGUUUCACAUACGAGCUAUGUGCACGUGCAAGCGAAAUAUAUAUCUAUAAUAAACAGGUCAAAAAAAUAUUCAAUUAGUUUGACAGUUAGUUCAUAUAACAACUUGUAUGAUACUGAAAUCAUGGAAUUCAUAUUCAUAUAUAUAUAGUUUCAUUAGUUUAAAAUAUAUUUAUUUAUAUUGUUUUAUUUAAAUUUUAUAUACCCUUGUUGAUAAUGUUUUCGAAUGACUACGAUAUUAAGCUCUUACCUCGUCUCGUCGGCCCAUAAAUAAUUUAUCCAUGUCUAUGUUGCUUAACUACGGCUCACUCUCUCCGUAAGGUUUGUUUUUAUUUUUCUGAUUGUGUAAGUUCCGUAGGCUCCUUAUAGGACCUUAGCGGCGUCACCGGGGGGUUUGGGCGAGCGCAGAAGCAUUGCCUGAUGGGGCCCGAAGGCAGAAGCAGAGUAGAUGGGCGGAACGACUCUCUAAGGGCGUCUCCUCUGAGACUCGGACCUCGGCUUAGAGGGCCGUUCUGGAAAGGGUGUUUUGGCCUGAGUUUAUCAGUCCAGGCGCCCUCAAGAUUGUGAGUUAAAAAGCCCACGUCUGGGUGACGUCAGAUAUCGGGGACGUAAGGCUUGUGGAGCUAUUAUAGUCUUAAGGACCCACUUAGUGAAGGGCAUAAUAGUAAAAUAUAUGUAGCCAUAAGUAACGUAAUGGUAUCUUGUUAAUAUUUAUGGGUUUUUGUUUCUUUAAAAAGUCCAUUCUGGCACAAAUAAUCUGUUCAUUCUGUUUAAUUCAUUUUUAUACUUGAACCUAAUAUCCUUCCUGAGUAUUUUCAUCAAAGUAUUUAAUAUUAGCUAAUUGUUCUUGAUAUUUUUCGAAGAUUUUGUAACACAUGAGCACGAGAGAGAGAGACUAGAGACUAAUAAUGGCCCCGGUCCUCUGCACAUCUCUGCACAUUUAUGACCCGAAGAGACAGUACAUAUAGAGCUUAAUAUCAUAGACUCCUGCGUACAAGAGAGUGCGCGAUAUACUCCGAUCUGCUUACACAAUUGAUAAAAGCGCCUGCAGCGAGAAUUUAUCAAGCCAACCUAUCAAGUUGGCUGUCAAAUAUCUGUCAGAGGUGUUUUUAAAAAAUAAAAACUUUUCUUCUUCAAAUAGUGUAGCAACUUUAUAAUCUUAUCUUAAUCUUAGACAUUUGUAAACCUUAGUGGUUAUUUGUUAAAAUACUUAUUAGAUUUUUGAUAUUAUAAAACUAGCAUAAAAGUUGAAUCACGAAAGGUAAUACAUUUCCUUCAAAUAAACAUAAAAAAUAUUAAAGACACGUUUUAAACAUUCAAAACUAUUUUAGCGUCAAAAGCGAUCGCGUACUAUGACGUCGCAACUGUCAAAAGAUACUUUUCUAUUCAGAACUAGUUCUAUUUUAGCGCCAAAAGCGAUCGCGUACUAUGACGUCGCAACUGUCAAAAGAUACUUUUCUAUUCAGAACUAGUUCUAUUUUAGCGCCAAAAGCGAUCGCGUACUAUGACGUCGCAACUGUCAAAAGAUACUUUUCAAUUCAGAACUUGUUAAUGUGUAAUGAACCAAAUGUGAACGUUUAUUAUGUUCUAUUUACCGGGUUUUUUUUAUAAACAAACUCUUUAUAAACAAAAUAUGUAUAAUUUAAACUGAUAAAAAUUACAAAAAUAUUGUUGCAAAUAGAUUAUGCUUUUAAUAAAAAAUACAAGAUGUACAAACAAACAACACAAGUUCGGAUCUCGUACAUAUUCCUUGUUAAAUGUUUCUAAAAAAUAUAUACAAUAAUUGUCGAAGUAACAUUUUUUCCAUUUAGACAAAGUAAAACAAUCUAUUUACUAUUUCUGUAAUUUGAAAUUUCAAUCUAUACUAUAUUUUAAUUUCGACCAUUUACUUAUUAUUAGCUUAUUCUGUAGAAUAUUUAGUGUUAGUCAUCAUGUAAAUAUAACAAAGCUACGGCGCACUUGACGAAGGACUACUACCAUUAAUAAUAAUUUAAAAAUUUAAGGAAUGUCUACUGAUAAUAAAUAAUCAAAGAUUAUUCCAUUUAGACAAAGUAAAACAAUCUAUUUACUAUUUCUGUAAUUUGAAAUUUCAAUCUAUACUAUAUUUUAAUUUCGACCAUUUACUUAUUGUUAGCUUAUUCUGUAGAAUAUUUAGUGUUAGUCAUCAUGUAAAUAUAACAAAGCUACGGCGCACUUGACGAAGGACUACUACCAUUAAUAAUAAUUUAAAAAUUUAAGGAAUGUCUACUGAUAAUAAAUAAUCAAAGAUUAUUCCAUUUAGACAAAGUAAAACAAUCUAUUUACUAUUUCUGUAAUUUGAAAUUUCAAUCUAUACUAUAUUUUAAUUUCGACCAUUUACUUAUUAUUAGCUUAUUCUGUAGAAUAUUUAGUGUUAGUCAUCAUGUAAAUAUAACAAAGCUACGGCGCACUUGACGAAGGACUACUACCAUUAAUAAUAAUUUAAAAAUUUAAGGAAUGUCUACUGAUAAUAAAUAAUCAAAGAUUAUUAUAUUUAGUGGACUGUCUUACAGCAGAUAGAAUAUAAAAUUAUUAAUACAAGUAUAUUUAAUUAUGUGUGGUUAGAUAUCGCUAGAUUUUAUUUAUAAAACUGUUGAUAAAUCGCAGAUUUAAAAAGCAGUGUAUGAAAAAAGAUACACAUCGUAGUUGUAAAUAGUUAUGUGUAAGACUAUAAUUAACAUUUUUGAAUUAAUAAUUUUAAAAUUAGUAUAUUUAACAUAGAUAAAUAUUUGAGGUUAUUUUUGUUAGUACUCCUACUCCCAAAGAACGUAGCUUUCUAUUGGUAAAAUAAUUUUCAAUAUCUGUUCAGUAAAUUAGAGUAGUCUCAACAGCUCAACGGUAAGAGCGGUCGGACUUAUCACCGAAGGGUGGUGGUUCGAUUCCCGCCCCGUUGGUCUAUUGUCGUACCCACUCCUAAUACAGUCUUUUCCGACUAGUUGGAGAGGAAUGGGAAUAUUGCUCAUAUUUAAAAGAUAUGGCAAAUAUUCAUUUAAAAGAA